AUGUCUUCAAUCCUCUCAGAGAGGCAGCAGGAUGAUCUGCACAAGGCGAUGCUGGAUUAUCUCCACACCAAUGGCUUUCAUAAGACAUACGACCAGUUCAAGGGCGAACUGCCUACUCUAGCCGACUUUCAACCCGAUCCGUCUGCCAAGACGAGUGGGCUGCUCGCUAAAAAGUGGACAAGUGUGAUCAGGAUGCAGAAGAAGAUAAUGGAACUUGAAACUCGCCUUGCUCAAGCUUUAGAAGACAGCUCGCAUAUGGCAAUACCAAACGGCACCAGUGGAAAGCAGUCCAACACCGAUUGGCUACCUACAGCAAGUUCCGCCAAGCACACACUGACAGGUCAUCGAGGGACUGUCAACGCCGCUGCUUUUCAUCCGAUAUACUCAGUCGUGGCAACCGCAAGUGACGAUUUUACGAUCAAAGUCUGGGAUUGGGAUUCAGGAGAACUUGAGCGGACGUUGAAGAGCCACACGAAGAGAGUCUCGGACUGUCAGUUCAAUUCUACUGGAACUACCCUUGUUACAUGCGGGUAUGAUCUGUUCAUCAAGCUAUGGAAUGUCGAGAACGAUUAUCAAAAUUUCGCGACCUUAAGAGGGCAUGAGCAUUCGAUCUCCACAGCUCGUUUCCUUCCCGGUGACGACAAGAUCAUUAGCUCAAGUCGGGACCACACUCUCAGGAUAUGGGAUAUCGCGUCGACUCACUGCAUCAAAGUCAUAUCUCCUCAUGAUGCUUGGAUACGGUGUGCCGUGCCGUCAGACGAUGGAAGAUUAGCAAUCACAGCCUCUGGGGAUCAUACUUCAAAAGUUGUCGACCUCUCUUCAGGGGAUGUGAAAGCCGAAUUCCGAGGUCAUGAAAACGACGUGGAGGCGGCAGAAUUCUGUCCACCUCAUGCCAUAGCUGCUAUUCGCGAACUGGUCGCGGCUCCUCAAGGCGCCCAGGCAUUGGCUAAUCAGGGGCCUGUGUUUGCAGUCACCGCAUCCAGAGACAAGACAGUGAAGAUUUGGGAUGUUAAUAGUGGACAAUGUCUCCAUACGUUGCAUGGCCACGACGAUUGGGUACACGCAAUCGUUUUCCAUCCCAAUGGGCAAUACAUGCUCACUGCAGCCGAUGAUCAUACCAUCCGAAUCUGGGAUUUAAAAACCGGACGCUGCACUCGCAAAAUCGAAGCUCAUGUGCAGUUUGUUACGUCCAUGUCUUGGGGGAGGCAAGUUGUCGGGACUGCGAGCCAAACUUUGGAUAAAGAUCCUAAUGCCGGACCGAGGCUUGUCAAUGUGAUUGCUACCACUGGAAGUGACCAAUCGGUGAAGAUAUGGGUACCUACACGAUGA